GACACCGCCGUGGCCGCCCCGCCCCUGGGCGCACCCCUGCUCCCAGCGGAUCCGGUGGAGACGCCGCCGCACCACCUCCCGAAGCACCUCGAGGGUCGCUAGAUCCGGCGAGGAUCCUUCACUCGCCGGUGACCGCCAGUACACACGCGAAGGAGCCGUUGACCUUCAUCUGGAGGAGGCAACGACCUGCAACUAGUCUUCGCGAAAGCCGCCGCGACGGCCUACAGUCGGUGGAUUCAGGGUUGGGAUCCUCCUCCCCGCUGCUUGCCUGGGUAGCCCGUGGAGACCACCUCCUCUCCCCUCCUCCAGCCAGAUCGGUCAUCUUUGGGCUCUGGCUUCUGGACAAUGAGGUGGUGCCGAAGGAUGGAACACGGAUGUUCGACUAUAUUUCUAGAGGAAGAAACGAAGAGCAGGCAUCAUGGCGGAGAAGGAAUAAGAAGCUACAGGAGCAAAAUGGAGGUGCACCGGCAUGCUUUGCGCUAACAACUACAGCUUAACAGGUGUCUUCUUACCCACUGUCGCGCUGCAUCACCUCACCUGCAUUUCGGUCUUCUUUGCCUUCGAUGUUCCUGCACUACUGCAAGGCGAUGCCGGCAGCUCAGCCCCACACCCGCACACUCCAUCUUCUCCCCAACGCUACUCGUGGCCCUCCCGGCCUUCCAGUCCUACUUCUACGACGAACUCAUGUCAUCUCUGCUCAACUGCUCGAACUCUCUGCUCACCUGUACAUGCUUUUCCAGUUGUUUGUGUUAAUGCCAGUAAGGCUGAGUGUUGUAGAGAUGGCUCAUGCAGUGUUGCAACAGUCAUUGCUCAUGUCGCCGGAGCUCUCGACAACAGUUUUUUUACGUUUGAUGUUUAUUAAAAAAUGAUUUUUUUUUAUUUUC